AUGUCAGAGGAGCAGGAAAAUAGUGGUGUGUUGAAGUAUCUUGUGGAAUCUUGUGGGGAGCUUCUUCUUGUUUGUAGGCUUUAUAACACCAAAGCAGAGGCUAUUCUUGAAACACAUGAUUUCAAAGUAUAUUCAUUGGAUUUUAGCCUGAUGUCCUGGAAGAGGGUACAUGAUUUGGGGGAUAAAAUCUUAUUUAUAGGCAAAUGUUGUUUGCGAUCUGUUUCUUCGAUGGAACUUGGUGUUGCGAUGAGGAAUCGUAUCUAUUUCUCUAAUGAUCAUGCUGCUCCAUGGUGGAACGAAUGGGAUUCCAACCAUCUUUAUGGAAUUUCAGCUAGGCUUAAUCUGAACAAUGCUGGAAGAAAGGAUUGGGGCGUGUUCAGCCUUGGGAAUGGAACUCAUGAGGCUUUUUGCUUUCGUGGCAAUCGAGACAGAUGGGGACCGAUUUGGUUAACUUGCCCCCAAUGGUGGUGCUGUAGGAAAUUGGCUGUUAAUGGAUAUAGCUAG